AUGUUGCUACAAAACGAUGGUGAUCCAUCUCUAAAAGCGAACGAUGGAUUCAGUCUGGUCCACUGUGCUCUAAAAGGUGGAAAUACAUCCAUUAUCAACGAGCUGUUGUCACGUGGUCUUGAAGCUGAUUCAAGGAGCAAUGAUUACUCUACUCCACUGAUGGCUGCAGCUAUUGGAGACAAACAAAAUAUUUUUCAGAUGCUGAUACAAAAGGGUGCUGAUCCAUCUUUGAAAGCCAGUGGUGAGUUCAGUCUGCUCCACUGUGCUGCAGAAGGUGAAAUUAACGUCCAUUAUCAACUAUCUGUUGUCACGUGGUCUUGAUGUUAAUUCAAGAAACAAUAUUUUGGUUACUCCACUGAUGACUGCAGCUAUUGGAGACAAAGAAAGUGCUUUUGAGAUGUUGAUACAAAGCGGUGCUGAUCCAUCUUUGAAAGACAACAAAGAGUUCAGUAUGCUCCACUCUGCUGCACAAGGUGGAAAUACACCCAUUAUCAACAAGCUGUUAUCACUUGGUCUUGACAUUGAUUCAAGAGACGAUAUUGGUGUCACUCCACUGAUGAUUGCAGCCUAUUAG